AUGCUGUCCGCACCAGUCGCUUCAUCUUCCUCCGGCUCGACAUCACCGGCCUUCCUCCAAUCUCCCAACGCCAUCCCACCACGACGCUCCUCCACCGGCCAGCAGCACCAGCAGCACCAGCACUCUGCGUCAUUGCCCCAACCUUCCUCUUCUGCGUCUGCAUCUACAUCUGCAUCUGCCUCUGCCUCUGCCUCGACCUCCCACCAGCGCCAUCACCAUUCUUCGUCCUCCUCAUCCACCGGCGCCGGCAAAUCAGCCUCUGUGCUGCGGUCUGUCCCCGAGGCCGACUGGCUACACAACCCCGGUACCCGGCGUCCCCGCAAACCUUCCAUCACAAUGGCCUCCCUAAAGGCAUCAGCUGCCGCCGCAGGCAACCCCAACCUGGCCGCCGGCAGCACUGGCAGCACCGACAAGCCGACCCCGUCUACCUCCUCCGCCUCCGUCCUCGAACCGACAAAACACCAGCCCCUUGUGCCACCAACAUCGAAGCCCUUCGCCGGCGCUGCUUCUGGCUCCUCCUCUUCCGUCGCCACCUCUGUGCUCACAGCCACGGCCCUGCAGCCAACACCCCCACCCGACCCGCGGCGGUACGCUUCCGAAGACUUCAAUUUUAGCGCGCGACGCACCUGGACGGACGAGAAGGAGCGCAUCGUGUGCGGGCCCUUUGACUACCUGAACAGCACGCGCGGCAAGGAGUUCCGCACGCAGCUCAUAAACGCCUUCAACGGCUGGCUCGAGGUCCCCGCCGACUCUCUCGAGAUUAUCACGCGGAUCGUCGGCAUGCUGCACACGGCGUCGCUGCUGGUCGACGACGUCGAGGACUCGAGCAGCUUGCGACGCGGGUUGCCGGUGGCCCACAACAUCUUUGGCGUGCCGCAGACAAUCAACAGCGCCAACUACAUCUACUUUUUGGCCCUCCAAGAGGUGCAAAAGCUGCGCAACCCCAAGGCGCUGGUCGUUUUCUCCGAGGAGCUGUGCAACCUGCACCGCGGGCAGGGCAUGGACCUCUUUUGGCGCGACACGCUGACGUGUCCGACCGAGGACGACUACCUCGAGAUGGUCGGCCACAAGACGGGCGGCCUGUUCCGGCUGGGCAUCAAGCUGAUGCAGGCCGAGUCGCGCUCGCUGGUGGACUGCGUGCCGCUCGUCAACCUGCUGGGCCUGCUGUUCCAGAUCCAGGACGACUACCGCAACCUGAUGGCGUCCGAGUACAGCCAGAACAAGGGAAUGUGCGAGGACUUGACGGAGGGCAAGUUCAGCUUCCCCGUGAUCCACAGCAUCCGGGCCAACCCCUCGAACUUGCAGCUGCUCAACAUUCUGAAGCAGAGGACGACCGACGAGGAGGUCAAGCGCUACGCCGUGGCGCACAUGGAGAGCACUGGCUCGUUUGAGUACACCAAGGAGGUGCUGCAGGUGCUCACGGAGCGCGCGCGGAACCUGGCCGACGAGCUUGACGAGGGCAAGGGCCGCAGCCAGGCGGUGCACGUCAUCCUCGACCACCUUGCCAUCAACUAG